AUGGGUCCACCCCAAUCUGUGCUGAAGGGCGCUGGGGAAGUUUUCACUAAAGAAACAGGAAUUAUCUUCUAUUUUGUUUUCCCCUCUUCUAGAUAUGCCCAUAGGAAGUCGGCACUGAGAAAACACAUCCUAGCCAAGAUGAACGAGGAGGAACAAAACCACUCAUCCCUUUUAAUCAGGGUUAAAGGCCCAGCCGAAAUGGAGGAAUUAAAGCCAGGAGACAUUAUUGAGAUAUUCCGUUCUUCUUGCCAGCACUGGGCCCUUUACGUAGGGGAUCAGCAAGCGGUCCAUUUGGCGCCUCCUGGCGAACAUUUUGCCGAUGGCUCUCCCAACCCCUUGGCCCUUUUAUCCGAGAGAGUUUGCGUAAAGAAGGACUGGCUGGAAGAUGUAGUCCGGAAGGACAGGUACCGAGUGAAUAAUAAGCAUGACAAGACCCAUCCACCGCUACCCCUCUCCAAGAUCCUGUGGCAGACGGAAGAAUUGGUCGGAAAGGAGAUGCCGUACAGCCUGAGCAGCCAAAACUGUGAAAAUUUUGUUAUGGAGCUGCGUUAUGGACCGGAAAUGAGUGAACAGGUUCUACGUUCUACUCUCCUGUUUCUUUUUUCUCUCUUACAGGAAGAAAUUAAACCGGGAGACUUGAUUGAGAUUUUCCGAUCUUGCUAUCAACACUGGGGUAUCUACGUCGGAGAGGGCAAGGUCGUCCAUUUAGCCCCCGAAUGUGACCGCCUUGCGAAUGGGGCCGCCAGCGUACUGGCGGUCUUGUCUGACCGAGCGUACGUUAAGAAAGACUGGCUGGAAACGGUAGUACGGAACGACCAAUACCGAGUGAACAACAAACACGACCACACAUAUCCCCCCCUGCCCCUAACGAAGACCCUCGAGCGGGCAGAAGAGCUGGUCGGCAGAGAGAUGCCCUACAACCUGACCAGCCACAACUGCGAACACUUUGUCAUGGAGUUGCGAUAUGGCAUUGCAAUGAGUGACCAGGUCACUGAAGCCAUUGCUGUGGGAACAAUUGGCAUGAUGGGCGUGGCGGCCGCCAUGAUCCGAUCCGCGGCCAAAUGGCGCAAGCACUACAAUGAAUAG